AUGCGCUCAAAGCCCACGGCAGCCCAAACGCAGCGGGCGGGGCGAUCUCAGUCGAAGUCAAACCGGUUAGCGAGCCGCGCCAGAAUCCGCCGCCGCCGAGCCGUGUCCUUCCGGGGCUUGGCCGCUGUCCUGCGCGGGCGGUUUGGCGAGCAGCGUGGCGGGGCGUCCGGCUCGCGUUCCGCCGGUGUGACGCAGCGCUCGGGGCCUCCCGACGCGGAGGGCAGAACGCACGGCGGCAAACGGGCGGACAGUACGUCCGCCGGAGCCGCCUGGGUGGUGUGGCUGGACAUCGCGUCCGCUAGUGACCCAAGCGGCUUCAACAAAACAAGGGCCAGCUUCUACAAAACAAGGGCCAGCUUCCACAAAACAAGGGCCAGCUUCUACAAAACAAGGGCCAGCUUCCACAAAACAAGGGCCAGCUUCUACAAAACAAGGGCCAGCUUCCACAAAACAAGGGCCAGCUUCUACAAAACAAGGGCCAGCUUCUACAAAACAAGGGCCAGCUUCCACAAAACAAGGGCCAGCUUCUACAAAACAAGGGCCAGCUUCCACAAAACAAGGGCCAGCUUCUACAAAACAAGGGCCAGCUUCCACAAAACAAGGGCCAGCUUCUACAAAACAAGGGCCAGCUUCCACAAAACAAGGGCCAGCUUCUACAAAACAAGGGCCAGCUUCCACAAAACAAGGGCCAGCUUCUACAAAACAAGGGCCAGCUUCCACAAAACAAGGGCCAGCUUCUACAAAACAAGGGACGAAGGCGAGGACUCCCGGAAGCGCGUGGCGUAUCGGCCGGCGUCGGGGCCGGGCGGCAAGGUGGACGUGGACACGCGCCUGACGGGCAGGGUGGCGAUGGGAGAGGACUUCUCCCUCGCCAUCUCCCAGGUGCACCCCGAGGACGAGCGCCGCCUCCACUGCCAGGUGACGGCGGGCGCGGCGGGCGUCGGCCAGGGCGCCACGGAGCUCAAGGUCUUCUUUGCUCCAGAGAAGCCCGAAGUGAAGCUUUCCAACGAGGUCAUUUCUGUCACCGACUCCUCCAGCUCCGAGGUGGGACAGUGUGUCAGUCGAAACGGACACCCCUUACCUCACAUCGUCUGGUACAAGGACCUCAACGCCCUGCCUCAAGUUUCUGACUCCAGCGCGGAGAUGUACAUGGUGAACAGCAUGGUGAAGGAGGCGUCGGGUCUCCUGACGGUGUACAGCACGCUCUACCUGAAGGCCAAGAAGGAGGACAAGGACUCGCAUUUCCACUGCAGGGUGGAGUACAACACGACGGGCAGCGUGGUGGCCACCAAGGACUCUGAGCCCUUCACCCUCCCGCUGCACUAUCCCACCGAGCACGUAACCUUCUCUCUGGUGUCCUCCGAGCCAAUCAAAGAGGGCGACGACGUGGUGCUGAAGUGCGACUCGGACGCGUACCCGCAGCCCGACUUCGACUUCUCUUUCCUUACAGGGGGGACUCCUUUGCAAGGCGCCGCAGGGCUGCUGACCCUGAACUCCGUGACCCGGGGCAACUCGGGCACGUACAAAUGCGAGGUCCUGGACUUUGACGCCGAGGAAGACGUGAUGCUCGAGAAACAGCUGGAGCUCUUCAUCCACUACCUGAACCCGGUGGUGAUCACUCCCGCUGGGCCGGUGUCCCAGCCCCUGGGCGGGAGCAUGGAGCUGCACUGCAAGACCAAGGCCUCGGACAAGCACACGCUGCACUGGAAGAAGGGCUCCACAGUGCUGUCUCAGAAUGGCGUGCUCUCCCUGAAGUCGGUCUCCUUCGCGGACGCUGGGGAGUACUCCUGCGUGGCCGCCGUGCCCUCCGUCCCGGGACUCCACGCUCAGGCCAACUUCACGCUCACGGUCACAGGAAAGCCGGAGAUCGAGGCUCCCUCUGAGGCUUUCGUGCAGAAGGAGGGCGACACGGUGACUCUCAUGUGCUCCGUCCAGGGCCACCCCGCCCCACAGUUCACCUGGACACCGUCAGGGAAACAGUCAGUGGAGGUGAAGGGUAACGCGGUGAUCAGCACGGUGAUGCUGGAGGCCACAAGCGUUGUGAUCAGGGACGGGGUCACCUGCCAAGCAGGCAACGUGCACGGAACAGACUCCCAGCAGUUCAAAGUCUCUAUCAGUAAAGACAUUCCCUCUGACAACUCUGAUAAUGGUGCUACUGAUAGAGGAAACCCUGUGCUUAAAACAGCGGAGAGACAGCAGGGCGGGUCCAGUGGGGUCGUGAUCGCCGUGGUGGUGUGUGUUCUCUUGCUCCUCCUGCUGGUGGCGAUACUGUACUUCAUGCAGAAGAAGGGGAAGUUGUCCUGCGGCAAACAGGACAAGAAGGACGUGACAACCGGGGAAGUGAACAACGACAUCGUGGUGGAGAUGAAGUCAGAAAAGGCUAACGAGGAGGCGGGGCUACUAAACAAGCGGCCUGUGACGGAGCAGUGAAAGGACGAACGGAACCGGCGAAGGACGGAUGGGGCAGUGGAAGAUACCGAGGUCAAACGUUGGCAGUGCUAGCUUCUUUUUUGUAUUUUUCAGAAGAACCUGAAAUCUGAAAGGAGGAGAGUAGAGGGGUUGGAGAAAGGGGGGGGGGGGGU